CUGUAAGCUGGAUUCUCACGAGCCCUCCACCGUUACUUUUUUGUUCUCCGCCUCAGCAGAUUCCUUACCGAAUUCAACUUUCAGCGAUCUCUCUCUACUUUCUCCUUCAUUUUUUUCCAAGCCAGGCAUCUUUCCCUCUCAGAGAUUCUCUAAGCUUCCACUCCCCUCUCUUUUUCAACUGGCAACACCCAUUAUUAACGCACAAUGUCUAUUGCCUUGUCCCUCCCUCCUUCCUCUCCAAGCCGUCACUUCCUCCCCCCACCCGUCUCUUUUUCUAUUUGUCCUUUUCAUAUCUUUAUUUUUACGGUUCCUUUCGGCCCCGUCGAUCUUCCGGCGAAAUCUAUACAUAGCUCUCGAUCCUCAUGGUUCCCUCUACCGUCAACCAACUAUCUCAGCCUUGUAUUUACGGCAGUAACUGGCUUUUUGGUUCUUUAUAUUACUGGAGAUUUGCUUUUGGUUGGAUGUCGGGGGAUGGUUUGAAAUAAUUUGUGCUAAACAGGGGAGUUUGCUUCUUCGAACGGGGGGGAGAGAAAGUCUCGCUUUAUGAAUUGGCUGAGUAAGCUUUUCAAGAGUGGGUCCAAUCGGGGAGAUGUUGGAGGUAGUACCCAUCAUCCCCAGCUCCUUGGUGAGGAAAACAUGAUUUGGCCUGCACCAGCUACAUCAUUGGAUGAUCGCUAUAGGGCUCAGAAGGAAAAAGAAGAACUAGACCGUGCAAUUGAACUUUCCCAGGCUGAAGAAUUUAGGAGACCCAAUGGAUAUAGACGACGGGCAGACAAUGACGAACAGCUUGCAAGGGCACUUCAGGAUGGCUUGCAUUCACCUCCAUAUCCUGCUUAUCCCCCUGUCCCAUAUUAUGCGAGGGAAUUUAGGAUAUGCGGUGGAUGCAAACGUAACAUAGGCUAUGGCGUUUAUUUGGGUUGCAUGGGAACAUUUUUCCAUCCGGAGUGCUUCUGCUGUCAUGCCUGUGGUUACCCAAUUACUGAGUAUGAGUUUUCUUUGUCAGGGAGGGACCCUUAUCACAAAUCUUGUUAUAAAGAGCUGAAGCAUCCGAAAUGUGAAGUUUGCCACCAAUUUAUCCCAACAAAUGCUGCCGGUUUGAUCGAGUAUAGGUGCCAUCCAUUUUGGUCUCAAAAAUAUUGUCCAUCACAUGAGUAUGAUAACACAGCUCGUUGCUGUAGUUGUGAACGUCUAGAGUCUUGGAACGCGAGAUACUAUUCUCUAGGAGAUGGUAGGCGUUUAUGCUUAGAGUGCAUGGAAUCUGCUGUCAUGGAUACCGGUGAUUGUCAACCCCUUUACCACGCCAUACGAGAUUAUUAUGAAGGAAUGAACAUGAAACUAGAUCAGCAAAUCCCAAUGCUUCUGGUUGAAAGACAAGCACUUAAUGAAGCCAUUGUGGGGGAGAAGAAUGGCGUUCAUCACAUGCCAGAGACAAGGGGUUUAUGUCUUUCUGAAGAGCAGACAGUCACCAGUAUAUAUAGAAGGCCGAGAAUUGGUGGCUAUCGACUGGUAGGAAUGAGAACCCUACCCCAAAAGUUGACUCGAAAAUGUGAAGUUACGGCGAUUCUUGUUCUCUAUGGUCUUCCAAGAUUACUCACAGGUGCUAUUCUUGCCCAUGAGUUGAUGCAUGGCUGGUUGCGCCUUAAAGGCUUCCGGAAUCUUAACCCAGUGGUAGAGGAAGGUAUCUGUCAGGUGCUUUCAUACAUGUGGCUCGAGUCAGAAGUGACGACAAGAUUCGGAAGCAUGCCAUCUACAUCAGCAGCUUCGUCCUCAUCAUCAUCCUCAAAAAAAGGUGGAAAGUCUGAUGUCGAAAAUAAACUGGGUGAGUUUUUCAUGCACCAAAUCGCAAAUGACGCUUCCCCAGCAUAUGGAGGAGGAUUUAGGGCUGCCAAUGCAGCUGUCAAUAAGUAUGGUUUACGCUCCACCCUGGACCACAUUCAUUACACUGGGAACUUCCCAUUUUAAUCGGAAGAGAUGUUUUCAGUGGCUUUAUCUUAAAGAUACCAAUAUGCUCCUCGAAAGAAUUCAGCUCAUAAUAGAAGCUUGGACGACAUGCCCCUUCAAUUUUCAUAGGGAGGACGUAUGUCGAAAAUGCCUCCUACAGUCUAACAAUAUGAACUUUUUACUAGAGGUGCAAAAGUAAAUCAGUCGGUGUUUUAUUGCUUAGCUACCAUCUGCAUCAUUCAUGCCUUCGAAGUUGAGCUACAUUGCUCUAGAAACUUUCUGGAAUAUUUACUGGUAUAUAUGGCUAGCAGGGUAAUUCCCACCAAGUAAUUAUAGUUCUUAUC